UAUCAUAAUAAUAUUCCAUUUCUUCUCCUGCACUCGCUCUUUGUGUAGUUAUACUUAAAUGUGUGUCUAUAUAAUAUUUAUACACUCUCGUGUGUGUUCACACUUCAUACUCAUUCACCUUCCCGAUGAGCAUCAUCACCGCCAAAACCCCCAACGAUUCUUCCUUCUCCUUCUCCAGAAGAUAUUUCCAUUGGCGAAAGAACGCCGAUGCCGAUGAAGACGACGACGACGAAAUCUUAAAUACCAUCACGACGUCGUCGUCGUCUUCACACGAUCAAACCCCGAAGAAAGCCCACUCCAUUUCCAAGCUUAAAUCUGCUCUUAGUCUCACUUUCUUCGCCAAGACUCGCUCCCUCUACCACUCGGGCUCCACCACAACCCGACCGGUCAUCGGGACCCUCUUCGGCAGCCGUCGAUCUCAUGUGCGUCUCGCCUUCCAAUCCGACCAAAAGUCCACCCCCUCCUUCCUCAUCGAGUUGGCCACACCAACGAGCGUGCUCAUCCGUGAGAUGGCUUCCGGGUUGGUCCGGAUCGCCUUGGAAUGCGAGAAGGAGGGGGCGGCGGCGGCGGAGACAACAACAAAGAACAACAAGACGGUGAGAUUGCUGGAGGAGCCUCAUUGGAGGGCUUACUGCAAUGGAAGGAAAUGUGGGUACGCGAAUAACAAGAGAGAAUGUGGGGAAGAAGAGUGGAGGGUUCUGAAAGCGGUGGAGCCCAUAACGAUGGGAGCCGGAGUGUUGCCGGCGUUGGUGUCGGCGAGUGGGAAAGGGAAUGAGGCAGGUGGGUCCGACGGCGAGCUCAUGUAUAUGAGAGCCAAGUUCGAGAGGGUGGUGGGAUCCAAAGACUCCGAAGCCUUCUAUAUGAUGAAUCCUGAUGGUAACAAUAACGGAGGUCCUGAGCUCAGCAUUUAUCUGCUCAGAGGUUAACUUGGGAGCCAUUGUUGAUCAUCUUCGACCUUCUUAAGGUUAAAGAUUAUUUCGAAGAAUACUAUGUUAAAAUUGUAGCAUUGAUUAAUGGGAACGAAUUAUGGAGAGGGAUCACAGUGCAUGUAAUUUAUUUCAACGUACGUUGUGGCAUACUGGUAUGUGUACGAUGAAUUUCUUGUGUUUGAAUUGCAACGAAGAUGCAGAAGAAAUAGUUUAAUGACUGUUUAUGUU